GAGGCGCAUCUCACCAAGUACGUCAUAGCCUGGCCUGUCGAGCCCCACCGAGGAUCCUCUGAGUUCUUGAUCAGCACCGUGACCGUUACAGACAUUUCGAUCGACGGUACUGUGACCACUGAAGGCGUGACCUACAAAUGGAGGGACACGGUAUGGACGGACGGGUGGGAGACCCGGGCCUACGCCCCACCCCUCAACUACACCCAGCACUCGUCUCCUCGAGGGUUGCGUAAAGUCCGACACAUGGACGAAACAACCCUCAUUUUGAUGACCUUGACAUCUGUCAACAACUUCGCGUUGACCUUGGUUAUGUACACCAUUGCUGGCACGUUUGAAACGUUUCAAGCCACGCCCACUUCAUCCUGGGGGAGGAGCUACUACCCGUUCGCUAUGCAGGCGUCGCCCGUGUUCAUCAUUGUCAGCGACCUGGCGACCUCGGUCAGCGUGACGUCAGAAAACAGGACCCUGCUGAGGAUGCUGGGACAGCGUGGGUCACCCAGGACCACGGGGAACACGCUCGUCUACUCAGUGGCAAGCGAAUCCAGUGUUGCUUUCGACUUUUGCUAUGCUAAGGAGAGCCCAGGGAUCUUGUUAGGCGUUUUAGUGACGUCAAAACGACCGGUUGGUGUCAUAUCCGGCAAUUGUUGGUCCAUGACCUCCAUGCCGGCACAAGACACAGCGGUCAAGGUCAACCUCAGCCGGAAUGUACUGGCAGAAAUGCUGUUUCCCUUGGAGAAGUUGGGCACCGAAUACGUCACACUCAGCACCUUCGGGAGGUUCGACCUUGGCCAGUACUACAUCAUCGCCUCGAAAGAUAACACGCAGGUCAAGGUCGAGUGGAGGCUGGAGGACGUGGCCUUGACCUUCGUGCUGAAGCAGCACGAAUGGAGGGUUAUCGACAGAAGCAGCGAGCUAGCCGUCAUCACCAGCAGCCAGCCCAUCCAGGUGACCUUCGUCAUGGACUCGGUCGACAUGGACCAUCAGCUGGCCAGCCACACCUACGGCCCCUCCCUCUGUGUCCUCGUACCCCCGGCCCUACACAUCAGCUCCUACCUCAUAGCAAUACCCGAAGUAGAAAAUGUUCAGCACUUCAUGUCUCUGGUGAUGGCGCCUCAAGUGGAACCUACGAUACUUGUUAACACAAAACUGCUGAAACACAUGAGCGGCAAGUACAGCCGGCACGAGAUACGCGAGUGGCUGGCCGUGUCAGUGAAGAUCUCACCAGAAGACAGCUACGUAAGGUCCACGACAGGUCUGACCUUCGGCUGCUACAUCUUCGGCACGGGUCUCGGCUUCUCAUACAUGCACAACCUGUGGACGCAGAUGCCCUUGGUGCUGAAGGAAGCUGAUGAAGGUUUUGCGGGUCUCAAGGGCGAAGAAUCUGGUGAGUCGGUUACAAAACUCGUGUCGUUUCAUCUAACGUUCAAAUCAGACUUUGUACGAGUCAACUUCUAAUCCUGAGUAAAUGGAGCAC